CUUUUACUUUCAUCCAACUGUGUGCCGGACAGUGCAGAACACGAGUGGACUGCACCGAUACUGAGCACCUCUCCCCAACUCAGUUCACCACGCCGGGCCAACGUCAAGAUGAGCCCCGCGCUCGAGUCGACCGACGCCAAGAACAAGCUCGAGGACCUCUCAGGCGUCGCCAUCAGGCCGGGGGAGAACCCGUACAAGGCCCUGAUCGAGGCCUGCCACAAUGAUCCGGCAGAGAUACAGUCGUUGUACUCGACACACCGAGUAACCAGAAAUGGCCAGCAGAAGGAGAAGUUCCUGUCGGCCGAGUUCAAGGGGGUCCUCAUCGACCCCUUCCUGCUCAGGCUGGAGAACCCCAGCAUCGAGCCGGGCUUCACAGACCCCAGGAACUGCCUCGUCUUCUGGGCCAGGCCGCCCGAGCACAUCAUCAAGCUCGCCAGCAGGAUACAGUCCCUGCUGAAGGAGGCGGCGCCCAACAUCUGGCUCAUGCCCCCGCACCGCAUGCACCUCACCACCCUCGAGAUAACCCACAGCCGCACGCCCGCCGAGAUCGACCGGCUCGUGGCCCAGAUGCGGCCCGCCAUCCCGGCCCUGGCGAACCUCACCCUCGCCCGCCGCGCCCGCCUCGUGAGGCCCAUGGUCUCGUACGACCUGGCCGCCUUCGCCGUGUCCUUCCUCCCCGCCGCGGGCGAGCCCGUGGCGUCGCCGCUGCCCGACUCGGGCGCCCCGCACGAGGGCCUCGACGACACGUACACGUAUCACCACCUCCGCCGGGACGCCUUCGACCUCGCCACGGCGGCGGGCGUCGCCGUCGACUCGCGCUACGUCGUGCCCAGCGCGCACAUCACGCUGGGGCGGUACCUGACGCAGGGGGACCACGCGGCGCCGGCGGCGCGGGAGCGGUGGACGAGGGCCAUCGACGAGGUCAACGCCUGGCUGGAGCGGGAGGUCUGGGACAGCGCGGACGCGUCGGCCUUUGUCGGGGAGUGGAUUGUGGGGCAGGAGAAGGGCAUUGACGCGCGGGCCGGGAGGCUUUGGUAUGGUGGGGGCAGGACUAUUAUGAUGGGCGAGGGGUUCUAGACUGCCGUGGUUGUUGACGGGCGGGCGGGCCAGGCGGCCUGUCUGCGGUGGAUGGGAUUCUUUAGACGCCAGGUCGGCCCGGUUCAUAUAUGUGGCAUAUAAGAGGAUCUAGAUGGCUAGAACGGGUGAUCAUAACUAGACCGGAAUCGCAGCGUCUAAUGGACGUGUGCAUCUGUCCCUCGUUUGA